AUGAAAGUGCGACUGAUUGCGAUCCUGGUCAUGCUUGUCGGCAUGAUCGGAUCGGGUGUGCUGACCACACAGAUUGCCGCCUCACAAGGCCGUCACGAGCUCGUUUACACCGAUCGUGCUGAAGACGGCGAUCCGCCACAGAUCGCGCUUGGGAUCGCGAUGGGCGCGUUCCGCGGAAUCUUCGUGAACAUCCUCUGGCUCGAGGCGACCGCCGCGAAAGAAGAAGGGCGAUUCUACGAGUCCAUCGAGCUGGCGCGGAUGAUCACGCAGCUUCAGCCUCGCCUACCUCAGGUAUGGACCUUCCACGCGUGGAACAUGACCUACAACAUCUCUGUGACGACCCAUACCCCAGAAGAACGCUGGGAAUGGGUGAUCGCUGGGAUUGACCUGCUCCGCAAGGAAGGUCUGGUUGCCAAUCCAAACGACAUGCACAUCCACAAGGAACUCGCGUGGAUGCUUCUGCACAAAGUGGGUGGGUACACAGACGACGCGAACCAGUACUACAAGCGGCAGUUCGCGUACGAGUGGCAGAAUAUCCUCGGCCCGGCACCUGUCAUUCUGCCAGACCAACGCCGACGUGAUCAGGUGAUCGAGCUGUAUGCUCAGCAGACUCAACUGAUUGUCGACGCUCCAAAGACACGCUCAGAGCUCGCAGAGCUCAAUCCAGAGUCUGACGAGAUCGCUCGCAAGUUCGAAAGCCGAUUCAAUAUCGUUGGUAGACUCGGGAGCGACCCCGACGCUGGAGAAGAGUUCCUUCGUCGAUUCCAGCUGGAUCGCGAGCUCCAAAGAGCAGGACGCUUCGUCACUAUGCAAGGACAACUGGGUCCAAAGACGAUGCUGAUGCGUCAACUGCGUAGCGAGUACCCCAACGAGCAAGCGUGGAAUGACCUCGCAAACUUUGUCCGCAAGAAUGUGCUCAUCGAUGGGUACAACAUGGAACCAGUGCGGAUGGUUCAGCAAAUCCGCAAGUUUGGUCCCAUCGAUUGGCGACUCCCCACAGCGCACGCACUGUACUGGGGAUCACGCGGCACCGAUGUCGGUCGAAUGGAAGUCACGGCACGCAAUCGCACAUCGCUCGACUUCCUCAACGCAUUCCGUAUGGUCAUGCAAUCCGUACAGGACCUCUGGCGCCACGGCGAUAUGUACUUCAACUACCUCGAUGUCCAUGAGGGACGCGCCGCAUACUACCAAGCGGUACCCAAUGUGUACUUCGUGCCUUCGUACGGCGCGAUGCUCGAAGAGGUUGUCAAUGCGUCGGGAAUCUACGAAGCGGACCACAAGCCGUAUCGUCAAUACGCCGUCGGAUACGAGAACUUCCUUCGUGAUGCGAUCCGCUUCUUCUACCGCCGCGGUGACAAUGUGAGCGCCCAGUUCUGGUUCGAUAAACUCCGCAACUUUGAAGGUGUGAAUGUCAAUAACCCGGACUUUGUGAGAGACAUGGGACUCUCACUGAAAGAGUUUGCGGAUCAGCAGUUGUACGACUCUUUGGGAUCGCCUCAGGUUGCUGUUUCAGAGGUCUACGCAUCACUCCAGAGCGCGUUCUACAACGGCUUGAUGGUCAGGAACUUGGAUGUUUUCAACGGACAAUGGGAUUACGCUCGCAAGGCGCACGCAUACUUCUUUAGCCAGCAGUUCAACGAAGUCGUCGCUUCGACGAAUACCGCUCGUAUGGAGUUCAUGGAUCGCGACUUCACCUUCCUUGCCGGACAGUUGUUUACGAACAUCAUCAUGACUGUCCAUCCUGAGCAAGCGGAGUUGUUGUUCGGUUACGCACCAGAUGACCUCAAACGCUACGCGUACGACUCGCUGGUGUUGCAGUUCAAGCCGACGAUCGAUGAGCUCGUGGCGCAAGGUGAAUCCGAACCGUUCGAAAUCCUGUUCCCAGAGCCAGAAGGUAUGGAACAGUUCCGCAUCGCGUAUCAAGCGAAGAUCGACGCCCGCACCAAUCGCGGCGUCGAGGGGGCGAAGAAGAACUGA